GAGAUACGCAGACCACGUGACUGUGAUACAGCACCUAGUUGCACUGGGAACGGCUACACACCCCCUGACUGUUGAGGAAGAGAUUUAAAGGAGGCUGGAUCCAAGUUGAACCAUCCACUAGCAUCUGGGAGUAUUUCGAUCUUAACCCAAAAUGUGGGGAAAUCGCGGACAUCACGGACAUCACGGACAUCACGGCUUCCCAGGUCCUUAUCCUGGCCAAUACCCUCCCCCUGAGACAUAUUACUACAUACGUCACAGACAGACGGGAAUGGUGAUAGACAUCCGGGACUGUGCCCGCCAUAGCGGGGCCACCAUCUGCCUGUGGCCGCAGAACGGGGGAGACAACCAGCUCUGGACAUACCAUGACGGAGUGUUAAGGAGCAAGAUGCAUGGGAAAGUCCUGGAUGUGAAAGACAACAGGCCGCACCCUGGGAAUGAUGUCAUUUUGUGGGACUACAACGGCGGCAAUAACCAGCGUUGGCGCGUGGAGUACGACGGCACCAUCGUCAGUUACCUUGGCAACGUGGCCCUUGAUGUCAUGAACAACGCCACUCACCAGGGGGCAGAGGUGAAGCUGUGGAACAGACACGGGGCGCCCAACCAGCAGUUUGUGCUUGAUCGGGCGUAUUAAGCUUAAAGGACGUUCUAACUUCUUUAUACAGUGUCAUAAAGUGUUAGAAAGACUGCUAUUUUAUUGUUGAUUCUGGAUUGAAAGGACAUUGACAAACUUCACGUAGAAUCCAGAUAUGGAUAGAUGUUUAAAAGUAUUUUUAUAAUUUGACACCGAGGUUUGAAGGUUAAAUGAUAAAUAACUGUAAAAGAGAAUAGUAAUAAAUCCUUUUAUAACAAA